AUGGAUAUAUGGAUGGUCGACUUCGAUAAAUAUGACGGUGGGAAUGAGGACGAAUGCGAGGCAAGAAAGAGACCCACUAAGUUUGAUAUGGGCGAAGAAAGGUUGGAGGACGGGAAGCAAAAUGAAGAAAAAGAGGACCACCAAGCGGAGCAGGAUCCAGGAGACCUCGAUAUGGCGAAGGGGUAA